AACGUUUCUCAUUGCGACAGUGGCAGCUGUCUGUGUUGUGGUUGGUGUGGUGUGUGGGAGGGAAAGAGAGCCACUAGGCAACACUUUCAUCGGUCUCACUUUUUACAGAGUGACAGGUUGAAGCGCAGUGAGCCCUGUAAUUGCAGGGUGUUCCCAAGGCAACAGAUAAGGCAUGCAUUUCGUCAACCUGUUUGGGUUCAGUUUCUGAAAAACAACUGAGACUGACGGUGACAGAUUGAGAUUGACGCAUUGAUUGCGCUGUUUGGUCGAGACCCGCAUGAACGCAGUAACAUUUAAAGUGUUGCGGCGCUCGCGCAAUUCUAGUCAUUGCAUCUUCUAUGGGAAAUAUAUAUUUUAAUCUACGACGCAGCCGAGGAAGUUCUUUGAAGAAAACGCUUGUCUACACAACAGUUUGCCGCAACGAGCUGUCCAGGAUGAGGUGUGAGUUGGAGGUGACCCCUGAACCCAGCAGCCCCACGCUGCUCGGAGAGGUAGCAGACACCUACUGCCAGGUGGACCGCUGGCAGAAGCUUCGCACCGCUGUCCGCAAACUGGAAUUCUGGGAAGACUUCAGUGCCGAGCUGAUUGGGAGUGGCUUCUUCUCCAAGGUGUACAAGGUGUCGCACAGCACAACGAGGAAAGUGAUGGUGGUCAAGAUCUAUAAGAACGACGUGGACCAGGACAGCAUCGUACGAGAGAUCAGUCUACUGCAGAAGCUCUCACACCCCAACAUUGUCAGGUAUCUUGGAAUCUGUGUGCGAGAAGAAAAGCUGUACCCAAUACUGGAGUAUGUGAGUGGUGGCUGUCUGGAGGACCUCCUGGCCCAGGAGGACGUGUCUCUGUGUUGGAGGGAGAAGGUGGACCUGGCCUGUGACAUCAGCAGAGGCAUGACCUACCUGCACUACAAGAACAUCUACCACAGAGACCUCAACUCCAAGAACUGUCUGAUACGGGAGACGUCUCGGGGCAGGGAGGCGGUUGUGACAGAUUUUGGUCUGGCCAGGGAGGUAAUGGUGGAGCUGCCAGCUAAUGACCCAGAGAGGAAGAUGUCUCUGGUGGGUUCUGCCUUCUGGAUGGCACCCGAGAUGCUCAGAGGGGAACCCUAUGACCGCAAGGUGGAUGUUUUCUCUUUUGGCAUCAUGCUGUGUGAGAUUUUGGGCCGGAUCUCAGCAGAUCCCGAGAUCCUUCCCAGAACACGGGACUAUGGUCUAGACGUUGAGGCCUUCAGUGAGAUGGUCCAAGGUUGUCCACGACGCAUCCUGGAGCUGUCAGCCAACUGCUGUCUGAUGGAUGCGUUUCGGAGACCCUCCUUCUCAGAGCUGCUGGAUGAGUUGGAGGACAUCGCUGAGAGCCUGGAACCCCCCGACUCAAACCUGACCACUGGGUGAGGGGGUGGGGUCACCGUGUAUCCCCCUCAGCCCUCCUCCCCUGGAACGGAGGACAGUGUGGACGGCAGCAGGCAGCCACCCCAGUCUUAUACAGCAGAGGCACUUUAUAGUUCAGGUCCGCUCUACAGGACCCAGGUGUAGGGCUCAUAAUGCAGCUCCUCCUGCUGACUCUGUGUGACUCUGUGUGUUUCUCUGAAACAGAACCGGAUCACUGGAAGUUCAACACUCACCACCCCCCACUGUCUUUCUACAGUACAAACUCAGCUAGUGUGGGUCCAUUUGAAAGGGGUGGGGGUCGAAACAGACUCAGAAAUUCCCUAAAGAGCAUUUCCUCCUGGCUCUUAAGUUGUAUUCUAUGAUGUUAUUAUUCCACUUUAAGUUAAGGAUGUAGAAAUCCUUAUUUGUAAAUAGUACAUAAGGAGGACUGUCUGAGUAGUCCUGAUCCGUCUAUUCUCUUCUAUCAUAAUAUCAUAAAACAGGGGUUCCCAACCUAGAUCUGCAAUGCUUUAGGCUAGAAACAUGCUGUUAAUUGCCUGAGGAAGACUCAACUCUGAUGCACACGGGACUAUCUUUGGUUUGUCUCUGACAUUCAGAAGCUUAGCUACGACCUUCUAAAGUCGAUGAGUCAAAGAAAUUGGACUGCUUGGGAAGUAAUCUUAUACAAUGUGUGGCUCUGUCACUAUCAAUUGAUCUAUUCACUUUCUGUAAAAGAGAAUAUCUAUAAUUAAAUGAAAGCAUCUUAAAAUGAUCAUAAUAAAACAUAUUUAUUUGAUAGCGGAAUAACAUUUGAGGAAAUCAGGUCUAGACUUUAUUUUCCUUAUCCAUUAUUAUUAAAUAGCCCAUCUAAAAGAUGUCACGAGUCUUCUUAAACUACGUAGAAUUGCAGGAAAUUAGCUUCAAAACAACAACAUUUUCCUUGGUCCCUCAAAUUAAACAAAAUCAAGCUGGUGGUGUAUUUAAUAUAGACUAUCUCAAUAAACAAUAAUAAAUAGAAACGGGGAGAGGGGUGGGACAUUUUUCAAAUGUGAAAAAGGGGUCCCUGGGGGUAAAAGGUUGGGAAUCCCUGAUUUUAAAAUAACAUUUAUGUAGGACUUCUCCCCCUUUCCUUCAUCAGCCAGUCCAAGUGGUGACACAAUCAAAAAUAAAUCCCUCCCUCUGUUAAAGUAGUCAUCUGAAUGAUGUCAUUUAACGGUGAGGUAAUGGUGGACUGCAGCAGUGGAGCAGGAUUGCAGGAGGCAGGAUUGCAGGAUUGCAGGAUUGCAGGAUUGCAGGAUUGCAGGAUUGCAGGAGGCAGGAUUGCAGGAGGCAGGAUUGCAGGAGGCAGGAUUGCAGGAUUACAGGAUUGCAGGAUUACAGGAUUACAGGAGGCAGGAUUACAUUGCACUAGAAGUGACUGUUACAGUACAUGGCUGAAAUCUAUAGGAUGAAGGAAUUGUGCUACUGUGUGGGUAAGGACCAAACAACACUCUUUCUCUCAUUUCCUUCUUUUUCUGGUUUCUAACAGAGGUUAACAGAGGUGGCCAGUGUUAGGUAAGGGUUGGUGUUCAGUGUGGUUCAGUACUAGGGCCAAGUAGACAGAGGAAGGAGCGUUAUCCCUCCCUCUCAGGAUGUGAAUAAAAUAAUACUAAACUCAAUUAAACACUAACCUUAGGAAGAACUUAACUGUUGUGUAUCGUUUUAUACUAAAUGCCUUUGUUUCUUGUAAUGCUUGUACUGUACCUUUUUUGCCUCACCCUUUUGUGGGGAUACAUUUAGUUUACCAUAUAAGAUUCAUACAGUACUUUAUGUUCAUAUUUUGUGAAUCUGUUGAUUGGGUAGAAUUUUGCUUACUUUACAGAUCUUUAGAUUUAUAUGGAAGAUUUAAAGCAAUGUUUAAUAAAAGGCAUAGAGCAUUGAUGUGUGUGUAUGUACUUAAACUGGACUUUUAACGGGAUAAAGAAAAUCUAAACA